AUGCUACAUUUUUAUACUUUUUUUAGUUAAUAAAUUGGAUUUUAUCUGUUAUAAGCCUAUGUUUUAAUAUUAAGAAUAAGAUUUCCAUUUUUUGCUUAUUAAAUUUAUGAAAUUUUAUUUAUUUUUUUAAUUCAGAAAAUAAAUUUAAAAAUCAUUUCAAAAUAAAUAAAUUAAUUAAUUAAUUAAUUUUUAAUCCUACAAAAAAUUAAUUGUUCAACUAAAGAAACUUAUAUAGCUUUGAGUAUUAUUUUUUAAGUGCUAUUAUAUCUAAUAGAUAUAUUAUGUCUGGGUAAGUGUAGAAAAUCUUAACUAAUAUAAUAAUAAAAGAAUAUAUAAAAUAAGUAUUAUUACUAUUUAAUCUAAUAGGUAUAUUGUGUCUAGGUUAGUGUAGAAAAAUUUAAUUAAUAUAAUACUAAAAGAAUAUAUAAAAACAAGCAUUAUUACUAAUUAAUCUAAUAGGGAUAUUGUGUCUAGUAAGUGUAGAAAAUUUUAACUAAUAUAAUAAUAAAAGAAUAUUUAAAAUCAUAUUUUAAUAAGUAUUUAAAUUUAUUAAAUUCAAAUUAUAUCAAUCAAAUAAUUAAUUAAAAAUUAAUUUUUCGUAAAAUUUACAAUUUCAAACUAUAAGCAAGCAAGCAAGAAAGAAAGAAAAUAAAAAUGAAAAGCUAGAAAAAAAACAUAUUUGUAAAUUUAGAAGAUUUUUAAAAUUCUUUGCUUUCAUCUAAUACACAUCUUGAAAUUAGCCUAAAUCCUCGUUCAAUUGAUAAAUAAGGAAUGUCAAACCUAAACUCUACUUUAGUUAAGUGUGUUAAUCUCUAAGUUUUGGAUUUAUAGCUAAAAGAUAAUUCUAUUGGUGACUAUUAGGUGUCAGAUUUAAGUUAAGCCUUAGCUAAAAUGACUAAUUUAUCAGCUUUGGUACUUGGUCUCCAAAAAAAUAAUAUUUUGGAAAAUGGUGCAUCAAACUUAGGUUGUGCAAUAGCAAACUUGUCUAAUCUUUCAACUUUGAAACUUGACUUUUAGGAUAAUUUAAUAGGUGAUAAGGGUUUAUCAAUACUAGGUUUUUCUUUAGCAAAAUGUGCUAAUCUCUCUAAUUUUUAAUUAAAUGUUAAUUAUAAUUAAAUUUCUGAAUAUGGAGCAUCAGAGUUUGGUUCUGCUUUAGCGAAAUUUUCAAAUCUCUCAACCUUAGUACUAGAUUUUACUUAUAAUUAAAUUGGAACAUAAGGAUUGUUGAAUUUAGGCUCUGGCUUAGCUUAAUGUACAAAUAUCUCAGUUUUAAAGCUCAACUUUUUCUACAAUUAGUUUAAAACUUAUGCAGCUGAAGAGCUAGGAUAUUCUUUGUAAAAGUGUACUAAUCUAUAAUUUUUAUCACUUGAUUUCACUGAUAGUAGGAUUGGUGGUUAGGGUGCAUUAGACUUAGCUUUUAGUUUAGAAAUGUGUACAAAACUUAAAGUCUUGGAACUAAAGAUGAAUGGUAAUUAAAUCGAUGGCAAGAGUGCCAAAUAAUUAGGCUUGAGUCUAUCAAAAUGUUCUAAUCUUUCAGAUUUAACACUAGAUCUUGGUUAAAAUAAAAUUGGCAGAAAUGGUAGCAUUGGUGCAUAGAAUUUAGCUUGUGCUUUAGCAAAAUGUGCUAAUCUAAAAAAAUUAACACUUAACCUGAAAAGAAAUGAAAUCAACUGCAAGGGUUUAUAAGAAUUAGGUUCUAAUUUAGCAAAAAGUCCCUAUAUAUCAACUUUAUACCUUCAAGUUUAGCAGGAUAACUUCUUUGGAGAAAGUAAGCUAAGAGUAAAUCUUAUUAAAAUGAAGAGAUUAAUCAAAUUCGAAAUCUUUUAUUAUGAUUAUGGUUUUUUAUGA